AUGGUAGUAAGCAAAAAGAACGAGUGGUGGAUAGGAUGCGGCAUGGGCCUAGUGGGAUUAGGACUACUCUUCAGUGCCACCUGGUCAUCAAUAUUCCACGCAAAAAUACAAAAUAUGAUGAUCCUCAAAAACGGGUCUACAUCGUUCGGUAUCUGGCGAGAAAUACCCAUACCGAUAUAUCUAGAAUGUUUCCUAUUCAACAUCACGAACGUGGACGACAUACUGGCGGGGAAAAACGUGUCAAUUCAUGUGCAGGAGUUCGGUCCUUACGUUUUUAGAGAAUUAAGUAAAAAGGUUAAUAUAACUUGGAAUGACAACAGUACAGUGACGUUUAGGAACCAGCGGUUUUGGUAUUUUCAACCACAUCUCUCGAACGGCAGCCUUUCUGAUCCAAUUACCAGCAUUAACCCGAUCAUAGCUACAGUUGCCUACACUGUGCGAAAAGAUCGAAUGAUGCUAAAGAUCUUUUUAGACAUGGUAAUACGAAUGUACCACUCGAAUAUAUUUUUGACUGCUAACGCGUCUUCAUGGCUUUUUGAUGGUGUGUCGGACCCCAUACUAGAUCUAGCUGGACACUUACCGAAUUUACCGUAUACUAUACCUUUCGAUCGCUUUGGAUGGUUUUAUAAGAGAAAUGGAUCGGUUGAUGCCGAUGGCUUAUUUGUUACAAACACAGGAGGCUCGAAUUUCAAGCAACUAGGCGAAAUUGAUAAGUGGCAAAAUUCUAACAGAACAAUAUAUAGAGAUCAGUGUGGUGAAGUGAAAGGAACUACUGGGGAGCUGUGGGCGAUACAAGAUAACCCACCAGAGAUAAAUAUAUUUGCUGCAGACCUUUGCACGCACAUGGCCUUAGCUUACUCUGGACCAGUAGUCAAGCAAGGUUUGCAAGGAGUUGAAUUCACGGCCAACGAUUCACUAUUUGACAACGGACAUAAAUACCCAAAUAUGGGGUGCUACUGUGCAGAGAAAAGAGAUGAAGACUGUAUGCCGCCUGGAAUAUUUAACGUGUCAGCGUGCAAGUAUGGGGCUCCUGCUUUUGUGACACGACCACAUUUCUUCGGGAUAGAUCCGUAUUAUUCUAGUAAAAUAAAAGGACUUACGCCUAAUGAGAAACAUAAUUUUAAAUUGGCCAUCGAACCAGUGACCGGCAUGCCCCUGUACAUUUCGGCUCAACUGCAAGCCAACGCCCUUGUGAGACAUAUCCCCGGAAUAAGUAUAAACAAUCAACUGCCGGACCCAGAUGUGUUGGUGCCGAUGUUUUGGUUCCGAGAAGAAAUAGAAGUUAAUGACGAAUACGCCAAUUUCGCGAAAUCAGCUCUGGCUGUGAGAUAUGGCUUUCCUUAUGGAUUUUACUUGUUUAUUGUUAUCGGUCUACUUCUGAUAAUGUAUGGAAUUUACAGAAUACGAAAGUUUGCCAUGAUGAAGUUACGGGAAACUGAUAGCGGUGCCUCUCAGAAGAUUUUAGGGAAUGGUACAGUUAAGCACGAUUUAGUGUUAAGU